AUGGACGAAUUUAACUUAAAGAAUAAAUGUGAACUCUUUAAUUCUUUGGAGAAAAUUAUAAAUUCCAGCGAACAUGGUUUUCACGAAUUCAUAGAUGACAUUCCACAAACAUUUGCGACUAAAAAUCUCGAAUCCAAGUUUCAGGAAGAGACGAACGGAGAGAAAACGCAAACGCUUUUUAAUGACUUCUCGACGUCAUCUGUUGAUGCGUCAAAAGAUAAUGCAAAAAGAAUAAUGGCGUUGGAAUCAAAGUGCGAAGAGUUGUGUGAUCAAGUUGAUCGUUUAAUGAAAGAAAAAGAAAUUGCAUUCGAAGAGAUAGAAUGUUUAAAGGAUCAAAUAAUAAGUCAGAGUACCUAUUGCACAAGCCUGGGUGCAGUAUUAAGUAACCUGACUUGGCGUGCUUCUAGAUUUCCGCAAAUAGUCGAUAUUUGGUUAACGACCUUUCAGAAUAAAAUAGGAGAAUUCUUAUCGAUAGUAAACGGCACUUUUGGCGCGUUUAUUAAUACUUAUAGAAAUGCAUUCCCUCCGACGAGCAAUAUCGAGUAUCAAUUUGUAAUAGGACUCCUUGGUAUUGUUACUAAUAUAUCCGCGAGUCCGGAAGGUCGCGAAUUUUUAAUUACAAAUUCCAAUGGCACAGAUUUCGUGCAAAAAAUAAUUAAACUAACGCCUGAAUUUCCAUCAGCUCCCGGAUCGUUAUCUCUAAAGAGAUUAAUAUUAAUGAUUCUGUACAACGUGAGCAUGAAUAAGACCGGCUUGCAAUAUCUGCUGGAUUCCCAAUUAGAAGCUACCUUGAGUCAUUGUAUGGAAGAUGAAUCGUCCUCGGAAGAGGUGCAGUUGCUCUGUCUUCGCGUCCUACAAUCCGUCACUUACGGCCUCACCGAACCGAAAUACAUUCACGCUUUGACCACAACAAUCGCGAUCGAAAAAAUCGAGACUAUGGCGUGCUCAAAACGCAGCGAUAUAAGCGACGCAGCAAAACAAGUUAUAAAACAUUUACAAGAUACUAAAAAAAUUAUUAAAUAAU